AGCAGCCACACCGAACCCGUGUAGGUGGGGGACGGAGCAGACAAAGAAAGCUUCGCUUUAACACUGAUGUCUCCUAUACAAAAGAGUGAUACGCGUAUGCCUAACACAAGCGCUGCCGUCGCCUAACUUUUGCAACGUACGCAAAACAACGAAGGACGCAUUCAUUAUGAGGAGCUUUAGAUCUCGCAAAUGGGUCUGGGUACGGAAAGACUUUUUAUUCUGGAAAGCGCCAGGCCCGACUUGCGUUCUGUUGUGCUCCUUUGAGGUUGUUUUGUAAGCCUGGCGCUUUGCGUCCACUAACUUUGCGUGCGCAAAAUAUAAAACUCCCUAUUAGUCAAAAACAGCGAGGAAGGAGGAUAAUUAUCUGACUGUGAGUAUAGGCCAAAUAGCGCGACGAAAAAUUUACGUUCCUCGUUCAUUGCCUUUCUGUGCUGUUUACGUUUCGCAAUUAUAAACGCAUCACAUUUUUUUUUUUUGGAUUAUGGGACUGCAAAUGGAAACAGAAAUUGGGAAAGCAAUGUUCGUACGAGUUGCGCAGCAAGUAUUUUUGUUCUGUAAGCCUCGCGUUAAUUGGCAGAUGAUGAGGUGGUAUCCAUUUUAUGGUGCGACAUCAUUGCACAAUAAUGUGGCUGAUUAUUUCCCAACUAUCUGGUUGCAGGUACCGAUGGGUACAAGAAUCGCCGUAGUGCUUCUGUGGAUUGCAACAAGCGUCGAUUGCCAUGUAUUGCGCCAUGGGUGCCACGAAAUCACGGGACAAAGCACACUGCUGACGCGAUUCCGGCACUGCAAGGUGACCAUUGAAGACGGGCACCUUAACGCUCUUUGCAACAUCCUCGUUGUGUCACCGCCCCUGCAAGAGUUCAUCCCCGCAGAUCCCGAGGUACUGACGAUGGAACAGCUUCUCGUGUCGGACAAGCCCGUAGUCAAUAUGACUCCAGAGGACGGUCCUGCGUGCUUAUCGCUGCGCGCAGUCAAGCUUAAGAAGUGGGAUGACUUCCCGCAGGCGUUGGCCAAGAAUUACGACCACUUCUUGACGGCCGAGCAUAGGCACUUCGGACCAUUCAGCGUCUACUCUAUGCUAAUCUACAUUCGACAGAUGACUUUCAGCACCACAUUCAACAGAGGCCCGCCAUUAGCUGCCGCUGUGCCCAUUGGUAGGCUGGCAGACGGAAGCUGCAGCUUUGACAUCUACGGCUUUGUCGACCGCUACCACCACAAUUUCAGUUCAAAACCUGACAUACCGGCGUUCGUCAAAUACUGGAAUCUCCGCUUUACUAUGACGGAGGCGGCGAACGUUACGUUCACUGACACGGUCAAGAUGAUCCCCAUUGCACUGUUCAGGAUUGUAGCCCUCACACCCAUCAAGCGUGUUGUCUUCCACAAGUGUAACUUUGAGCGCAUCGGUUUUAACGAGAUACCACGCGUCAAGGGCCUUGAGAGCCUGGAGUUCUUCCAGGCGCCUAUUAAAGAAGUUCAUCCGUUUGCUUUCGACCUGAGCAGAGAUCUGAAAAAUAUUUCAUUCGUCAGCACAAUGCUUUCAGGCAUUCCAGAAGCGAUCUUUCUGUUGAAGCAGCUUGACACACUCGACAUGAGCGACACGGACGUGCCUCGUAACGCCACCUUCGGGUUUUGUCCUGGAAAGUGCCCGUGGAAUAGCACUGCGCUACGGCUAAUAAUUAGUGGCACCAACCUUACCACGUUACCAAAUCGCGCCUUCUGCGGAUUCCCGAUGCUGAAGGAAGUCUUCUUGGACAGGUGCCGCCUGACAAAUAUCCAUGGGUCACCGUUCGAGUGCUUGGAACAACUAGAAGUUCUGUCAAUCUCUCGAAACGAUAUUAAGUGGCUUCACGGAGAAAACCUAAAGGGUCUUAAACGCCUAGUCUAUCUGAAUAUGAACAAUAACGGUAUUACCUAUUUGCAAGGCUCACACGUAUUAUCUAAUCUCAUCUCUCUCCGCACACUAGCAGUCGCCCAGAACGAGAUCGAUGAAGUGCAGUUUGAUUCCAUGAACAAUUUCGCUAUACAGGAGCUUAACCUCGCAGGGAACCAGUUACGACUGUGGAGGCCGCCACUCUUUAUUCACAUGCGUAAAUUGAAAGACCUGAACUUGGCGGACAACGUGCUCUCCCGGAUAGACGACGACAUGCGGCGUGACUUGUAUCACAUCAACCAUGUGAACGUCAGUUACAAUCCCUGGGACUGCUCCAGCUGCCAGCUGAAAAACCUUCGUUCUAUUUUGCAAAUGCACCCAGACAUGUGCAACAACUGUUUUUUAUGUGCGCAACCCCUGGAGCAAUACGGGAAGGACGUCCGAUACGUGACCUGGCCAGAAGACAAAUGCAGCCCGCUUGACCACUAUAGGACCUACGGUAUCCCUGUGAUCCUUUCCUUCAUGAGCAUGACCAUGCUGGCCUACGUUCUUUACCGGAACCGCUGGUACUGUAUGUACGGCCUGCUGUACCUCAAGGUAUCCAUCAAAGGAUAUCGAAGGCAAAGACACUCUGACCGCUUCAUCUGGGAUGGUUUCUUGUCCUACCACACCUCGGACGCCGACUUGGUUCGGGACGUGCUUAUUCCGCGGCUAGAGUCACCUCCCAUGCAUUUCCGGCUCUGCGUGGCCGAGCGAGACUUCAUUCCGGGCCUCCCGAUUGUUGAGAACAUCUGCCGCGCCAUAGCGCUGAGUCGCACAUCGGUUUUUGUGUUGAGCCGCGAGUUCUGUCGCAGCCGGUGGUGCAUGUUCGAGCUGAGUCUGGCACACCACCGCCUCUCCGAAAGCGAUCGCCAUUACGGUAUUGUGUUGAUAAAGAAAAACGACGUAGACGAGUCUGAGAUGGGCGACGUGGUCGAGUAUUACGUCAAGUCACGCACCUACGUCCAGUUGCCCUUGGAUAGCCCGGACGAUGCACAGAAAGGCUUUUUUUGGCUCCAGCUUCAGGCGGCAUUGGAACACUAGAAGUGCUAACAUGGCAACGUAUUCAGAAUCGACAUAGAAUAGAAUAAACAGAAUAGAAGGUGUGCUGCAAACAAGAUUUCAAGAAAGAAAGAAAAGCUAUUGGGGCGCCUACGCAAUUCAUACGAUGUGCAAAUGCGAGAGAAUUACUUGUCACUGAGUUAUGUCGCUGAGUUUAGUGUCGCUGCGAAAUGUUGCUGAGUUUAGUGCUGCUGCGUUAUGUUUCCGAGAGUAAUGUAGCGGCAUAUGGGGUCGCAACAACUCAAGACGACAAACCGGUCACACCACGAUAUCUCAGCUAUGGUUCAUUCGCAGAUCUAAUUAAAGUAGUGUUC